AUGGGCGAGCGCGGGGGCAGCGCGGGGGCCGCGGCCCCGGGGGGCGACACGGGGGGAACCCCGAGCUCCGCCGGGGGGAACGGGGGGACCCGCAGGCGCCGGGGGGCACCCCCGAAACCCGAACCCGCCUCCGCACACGGCGACAGCUCCGAUGACCCCGCCGGGGACUUCAGGUGUCACAAGGUUCAGGAGUCGCUGCUGAGCUCGGCCAGCGGUUACAGCAACUACCGGGGGGUGCUCAACUGGUGCGUCGUCAUGCUGGUACGGUAUCCUGGUGGACCCAAUCCAGGUGGUCUCGCUGUUCCUCAAGGACCCCUACAGCUGGCCCGCCCCCUGCCUCGUCAUCG